AUGCCUGACCUUGGUGAACUCACAGAAGGAUUCAGUCUGUCCCAUGGGGGCCGACCAGAGGCUGCCAGGCUGCUGGUGGUUGUCACUGACGGAGAGUCACACGAUGGGGAGGAGCUUCCUGCAGCACUCAAGGCCUGUGAGGCUGGAAGAGUGACCCGCUAUGGGAUCGCGGUCCUUGGCCACUACCUCCGGAGGCAGCGAGACCCCACCUCUUUCCUGCGGGAAAUCAGGAUGAUUGCCAGUGAUCCAGAUGAGAGAUUCUUCUUCAAUGUCACAGAUGAAGCUGCGCUGACUGACAUUGUGGAUGCACUAGGAGACCGGAUCUUUGGCCUUGAGGGGUCCCAUGGAGAAAAUGAAAGCUCUUUUGGGCUGGAAAUGUCUCAGAUUGGUUUCUCUACUCAUCGGCUAAAGGAUGGGAUUCUCUUUGGAAUGGUGGGGGCCUAUGACUGGGGGGGCUCCGUGUUAUGGCUUGAAGAAGGUCACCACCUUUUCCCCCCACGGACAGCCUUGGAAGAUGAGUUCCCCCCUGCUUUGCAGAACCACGCAGCCUACUUGGGUUACUCUGUUUCCUCCAUGCUUUUGUGGGGUGGACGCCGCCUCUUUCUCUCAGGGGCUCCUCGGUUUAGACAUAGAGGAAAGGUCAUCGCCUUCCAGCUUAAGGAAGAUGGGGCUGUGAGGGUUGCCCAGAGCCUCCAGGGGGAGCAGAUUGGCUCCUACUUUGGCAGUGAGCUCUGCCCGUUGGAUACGGAUGGGGACGGAAUAACGGAUGUCUUACUUGUGGCUGCCCCCAUGUUCCUGGGGCCCCAGAACAAGGAGACGGGGCGGGUUUAUGUGUAUCUGGUGGGUCAGCAGUCCUUGCUGACACUCCAGGGAACACUUCAGCCGGAACCCCCCCAGGAUGCUCGGUUUGGCUUUGCCAUGGGUGCCCUUCCUGAUCUGAACCAAGAUGGUUUUGCUGAUGUGGUCGUGGGGGCACCCCUGGAGGAUGGGCACCACGGAGCACUGUACCUGUAUCAUGGCACCCGGAGCGGGCUCAGGCCCCGGCCCGCCCAGAGUUUCUGCAACAGUCUCCUGAAGAAGAAGCUGGAGGAUGCAAAAAGGCAUAGGUACAGGGUACUGCUUUGA